AGCCUGAUUUUUUUUUGUCCUUUUCCCCCGCCGUUGACUAGACAUGCUCAUAUUUAUCCUCCUACUGUGUCAUUUCACUUCAUGUGGACACUGUACUUGUAUGAGAAAAACCCUUCAAGUACAAGCAGGUCAAGACAGUGAAGUGUUUGUUGUGGACCAGGAGGCCAACACUUUUUUAGGACGCCACCUGUUGUUCAACCGCUUCGACUUUGAGAUCUUCACCCCAGGUAAUCUGGAACGGGAGUGUUACGAAGAGAUAUGCAACUAUGAGGAGGCUCGGGAAGUCUUUGAGAAUAUCCCUGAUACAAAUACCUUUUGGAAAACUUAUACCGAGGAUAAAGGUGAAUCCCAAUCAAAAGUUGAUGUAACAGCGCUGCUGGUGGGCAUUAUCUCCGCUGGAGUCUUUAUUGUUAUAGUUGGCCUGGUUAUCUGGUACUUCUGCCAGGGGAGGAAUAAAGACCAUGGCUUCCGAGGCUCCAUCAGACGUCGAUCCAACCGAAGCAAUGCCUCCGUGAUUAUCCGGAGACUGGAGGAGGUUUCUCUGCAUCCUAUUCCUCACACAGACUCCGAUGGGCACCCUGGUGCUCCUGGUUUACCUUCUUAUGAACAGGCCAUCGCCAUCACUGGACCACAUGAUGCCCCACCUCCACCAUACCCUGGUUCCAGGCCAGGCAGCAUCAGAAGAUAACCAUUCAUCAUUUGCCAAACUAAAUCAGGAUUGACUGGAAAGAUAACUUUCAAAAUCUACCGUAAUCACUUGUUGUAAAUUCUUUUUAAUUGUGUUUAUUUAAAACUAUAACCAUUGAAAACCAGUUUUGAUAUUAAUUAUUUUAUUAUAACAAUAAAAGGUUGAUAAUGUUUUAUUUAACAUACUGGGUUAUUGUGAAGGACAUAUACAUAAGUAUACAUGUAAUUUUAUAAUUUUUUUAAGGUGUUUUAGAGAUCUAGUAGAGUGUGACUUACAAUUAGUGUAUUUACUGGAUCAAUAUUUGGUCUACAUUUGUGAGAAAUAACUCAAAACAAGAUUACCUCUAACGUUAUGACACUCAUGCCAGGUUGUGUUGUGCUCCAGAUCUCUGGAGACUGAAGCGUCUCUUUGAUGCCUUUUACAUGAUAGGCUCUGGUGUUAUCACCAUAGGGAUAUUAAUAGACUUUAUAAUAAAAUUCCUGCUUUGACUA